AUGAGUUGCCCGAGUUGUGGGAGACUUGAAGAGGAGCCGACAAAUUCUAUUCAUGAGUUGGAAAAAGUACUGCUUAUGCGUCAAUGUGAGGUGGACGAGCUGAGUUCUACUAACGCCAAGCAGAGAGAUGAACUACAAGAGCUUCAGAAUACCGUGAUAAGUAACCAAGCAAGAAUUGCCGAACUUGAAAAUGCGAACAGCUGCCUGGGCGGCUUUGUUCAAAAAUUUUCGAGCGCACUCCAAAUGGAUGAGAGUUGCGAUCCACUGGCAAGUGACAAUGAGAAAUCACACAUUUCCGUUCUGUAUGAAAGGCUUGCGGAGCUUAUCCGUUCGGAAAAGGAAUCUGAAAAUUUAAAGCGGGCAUUGGAGAUAUCUGAACAGACUGUAGCGUCUCUUCGAAAAGAUCUUGAUGAUGCAAAAAAGUUGGAGGCCUCUCAUGGAGAAAUGAAAAUCCAGACACAAACCCUUCACAGAGAGGAAAUGCAGCGACUUGGGGAGGGGAGAGCAGCUUUGGGUGGGUCCUCCAUAGACUUGAUGCGGGAUGCUGAAAAGAAUGGGGAGUAUCAGCAGAACGGUGUAAAUGUACAAGGGCCUGAUAACCAAGCACCUUCUCAUUUCCCUAUUGGCGAGCUUCCGGCGGGGAAUUCCCUGAAUGAACGUUCCUUUCGGGAUCCAUCCAGGCGCUGGCGUCGCCCUACCAUUGUUCACCCAACGCGUUAUACCGUUCCCAAGAUAUUUUCAGCCUCGCUUCCCCCGCAGGCUCUGGAUUUGUUUGACUGGGGUUAUGACGUUAUGUGCGCUUCCAAGCAGGUGCCAUCUAUCCUGCAAAGUAUCGGCAAGGAAAUCGUGGAGCGGUGGAGGCUCUUUAAGUCGACGGAGGCGAAGCAGCGUUGGGGGUCCUUCUGUGCAUUGGUUGAGUCGAACUACCUCCAAAACCCUUACCAUAACUCGGUCCAUGCCGCCGAUGUGGCGCAAGGGGUGUGCUCUUUAGUGAUGGCUUCGCGCGAACUUUUCACGAAUAUGACUGUGCUGGAGAAGCUUGCCUUGGUCUUUGCGACCCUUACGCAUGAUAUUCGACAUCCAGCGCGGGGAGCAGAUUUUUUAAGAAAAAAAUUCGAUGAACUUUAUUUUCACCACAACGGUAUCAGCGUUUUAGAGCAAAUGCAUAUUUCCACCGCCUUUGACCUUUUAGCGGUUCCGUCGGUGGACUUUACCGAAAAGUGCAUGAGCGAUGCGGAGGUGCUCGAGUUCCAUCGCAUGGUCUCGACGCUUGUUUUGCACACCGAUAUGAGUAGACAUUUCGAGGAUUUUGCCAGAUGGAAGGCGCGUGCCGCGGCGAGGGAUUUCUGCUUCACCAAACCCGAGGAUCGCCUCGAGGUUCUCACACUUUUGCUACAUGCAGCAGACAUCGGGGCGGCUGCAAAGGGAGUAGGGGUGGCGGGAAAAUGGCUAGGCGUGCUGGACGAGAUGUACGCACAAGGGGAUGAUGAAAAGCAACUUAGCUUGCCGGUAACCCCAUAUUGUGUUCGCGGAAGUUCCUUGGCGAAAUCUCAGCUUUGCUUUUUGCGCGUUUUUGUCAUCCCGCUCUUUUAUGUGGUGAGACACAUCAUUUCGGAGAUGGAGGCUCCUAUUAUAGCUCUUAAGGAACUUUAUGCGCAUUAUCAACGCGAGGAAGGUGGUGAUACGGAGCCUUUUCCGAGUUCCCCUUUCAAGGAAGCUUCCUCGGAUUCUGCAGGGUCUGAGGCGGUUGAUAUCGACUCGCUUAUAAAAGAGAAGAAUCCAUCAGAGGCGCAGAAGAAAGCUUCCAAUAUGUUAACGAAGGGUCGCAAGAGGUCCCACAAGGUGAAUGCGUUUGGAUCCGCGUCAAUUGCGACGCCCAAAGUGCGGUUUCGGGUAGACAAGGAGAGGCUAGAGCGAGCACACGGGUACACCCCCCAGAGGCCGCGCGCGUCAUACGAUGCCCAUUCGUCUUUGACUGACCAUCACGAAACUGUCAAAGAGAAUAUGUUUAGGACUUCCGAAGGAGUGGGGGCCGGAGAGCACCAGGUGCCUGGUCUGCUCGAGCAACUUGUGUCUGUCGUGGGCUUCAUCCACAAUCAAGUAUGGGGGGUACGAAGGCUAGAAGCACGCCUGCGCGAGAUCCGCAGCCGUUAUGUCUUGCCUCAUCCCAAAGGACCGAUUCAGAUCCCCGCAAAAAGCCGAGAUUCACCUCCUCCAGCUCUUGUGAAUGAAGCACUGUACGCUGAUUUUGAGCAGGCAGCGCACCACUUAGUAUCAGCUCUACGUCGUGUGCAUCACUGA